UUAGGCUAUUUGGGUUCCCCCCGGCACUAUAUAAGUAGCAAUGGCCUCCCCACUAUCUUCCAUUCCACCAUUCUCUUUUCUUUGUAUUCCAACAACUCAUUCAUUCACCUAACACUUUCUCACAACAUCCCUUCAAUGGCAACCAAAGUCUACAUUGUUUACUACUCCAUGUAUGGACAUGUCGAGAAGCUAGCACAAGAGAUAAAGAAAGGAGCCGCAUCAGUUGAAGGCGUAGAAGCCAAACUAUGGCAGGUACCAGAAACUCUUUCAGAAGAGAUUCUUGGAAAGAUGGGUGGACCAGCGAAAGGCGAUGCACCAAUUAUCACACCCAAUGACCUUACUGAAGCUGACGGUUUUGUGUUUGGGUUUCCAACAAGAUUUGGGAUGAUGGCUGCUCAGUUCAAGGCAUUUCUUGAUGCCACUGGUGGUCUCUGGAGAACUCAGUCGCUUGCAGGCAAGCCAGCUGGCCUUUUCUUCAGCACUGGCUCUCAAGGAGGUGGCCAAGAGACUACCGCGUUGACAGCAAUUACACAGCUUGUUCACCACGGAAUGAUCUUUGUUCCAAUCGGUUACACAUUUGGAGCUGGCAUGUUCGAGAUGGAGAAGAUUAAAGGUGGAAGUCCCUAUGGUGCUGGAACUUUUGCUGGAGAUGGCUCUAGACAGCCAACAGAGCUUGAACUGGAGCAAGCCUUCCACCAGGGAAAAUACAUUGCCACCAUCACAAAGAAGCUCAAAGGCUCUGCCUAAUUGUUUCACUACAAGUCUACAAUUGUAGUAUUGCAUUCUACUGUUCAUUUUUUCCCAAUGGCUGCUACACCUUGUUUUAAAUUUAAGUUGCAUUUCUACUGAACUAAACAAUAAGUGAUUUCCUAUUGUAUCAGAAUAUUUAUAGGGUAAUUUGUCGGUGUCUGUCACAGUUUACAGAGGUUGGUUUACAUGUUUUAUGAAUCAUACUUAAUAUUUUUCCCCUUUCA